GGGGAACCUACUCUUUCAAUACUCUGCCUCAGGGUGUUGGGCUACGAGUCCCAGAGUACCUCGCGGUGCGCAGUCUCAGUGCAGUCUGCGGAAUGCACCAACGAUGACAGCUGGAGAAUGGAGUGGAGGCCUUGGAGCGGCGCCAGAGGCGAUGGAUGGGUUGGCGAGCGAGCUCAGGCUUCUGGGGACACACCCCGAAGCCCAGGAGAGAAGCGGGUUUUUUCCAGGUGUGAAAAGCAUGUCAGUGUUUUAUCAGACUCUCUAGAAGAAUUACCUGAAACAGAUGAGCCUGUUUGGAUCUUGGGGAAACAGUAUGAUCUUCAAGCAGAAAAAUCCAAACUGUUGUCUGAUAUCAGUGCUCGCCUCUGGUUUACAUACCGAAGGAAGUUUUCACCAAUAGGAGGAACAGGUCCAUCAUCAGAUGCUGGCUGGGGAUGCAUGCUACGUUGUGGACAAAUGAUGCUGGCCCAGGCUCUCAUCUGCAAGCACCUGGGAAGGGACUGGGGUUGGGAGAAGCACCAAGAGCAACCUGAAGAAUAUCAACGAAUCUUAAAGUGCUUCUUAGACAGAAAAGACUGCUGUUAUUCUAUCCAUCAAAUGGCACAAAUGGGCGUAGGAGAAGGGAAAUCAAUUGGUGAAUGGUUUGGACCAAAUACAGUUGCACAGGUGUUAAAAAAACUUGCUUUAUUUGACGAAUGGAAUUCUUUGGCUGUUUAUGUUUCGAUGGAUAACACAGUGGUCAUCGAAGAUAUCAAAAAAAUGUGCCACAUGUGCCCUUCUGACCUGACCCAUGACAGUUCUUCCAGUUCCUAUAAUGGCCUUGACUGGAAUACAGAUUGUCCUGGGCAAACCUCUGGCUGGAAGCCCCUUCUGCUUAUUGUGCCCCUUCGUUUGGGCAUAAACCAAAUUAAUCCUAUCUAUGCUGAUGCAUUUAAAGAGUGUUUUAAGAUGCCACAGUCUUUAGGUGCAUUAGGAGGAAAGCCAAAUAGCGCCUAUUAUUUCAUUGGAUUUUUAGGAGAUGAGCUCAUUUACCUGGAUCCUCACACUACUCAGACAUUUGUUGAUACCGAAGAGAAUGGAACAGUGAAUGACCAGAGUUUCCACUGCCAGCAAUCCCCCCCUCGGAUGAAGAUCUUGAACUUGGAUCCUUCUGUGGCAUUGGGAUUUUUUUGCAAAGAAGAAGAAGAUUUUGAUAAUUGGUGUGGACUCGUUCAAAAGGAGAUAUUAAAGCCACAGAGUUUACAGAUGUUUGAGCUUGUUGAGAAGCAUCCAGCCCACUGGCCUCCUUUUAUACCUCCAACCAAACCGGAAGUGACAACUACAGGUGCAGAAUUCAUUGAAUCCACCAAUAACCUGUUUGAACUGGAAGAAGACUUUGAGAUUUUGAGUAUAUGAAGUAGUGCCAUCCAGCCUGUAUCCACCACCUGGCACCACAUUGCAGAGAACUUUUCUAGCCAGAGUGCCUGAAUCACCAACAAGCACAGAACAUAAUAUCAAUCCAAACUGAACCAGUAACCAUUUUUUCAUAAGCUCUAUUCCUGAGAGAGAGAAAGAGAGAAACAGAGAGAAGGAGAAUCCUCUUAUGAGAUGUUAGUCAAGCAGGACUAUUGUGCUUCUUGGGUCUUCUUUUAGAGACAGUGAAUCUACAAUAAUGGUUUGAAUAUACAGAGGGCAACUUUAGUUAUGUUUCAAAAUCAUUUAAUGGGAAAUGAUUUCUCUCUCUCUCUCUUUCUCUCUCUCUCUCUCCCUCCCUCUCUCUUUCUUUCUUCUUUCCUCCCUCCCUCUCUCUAUUUCUAUUUCUCCUUGUAACAUGUCUCUUUACAUAGAGGCAAUUCUAUUUUAGCCUUUGGGGUUGCAUCUCGGGAAGCAGUUGUUUCUUUAUAAAAUUAAAUUGUCUGGAUCAGGGAAAGGAAAACGUUUGUUAAAUUAUUUUAAUAGGCACUUUGAAUCAUUUUGUAUGAAAACAUUUUUAUCAAGGGAAUUAUGGCAAAUGGACACUUCUUACAACCUCCUUCCUGUUUGGGAGAAACUUGCUUGCUGCUGUGCCACCAUCACUAUUUCCCUUCCCCAUCCCCAUCCCCACCACCAUGGCUGCAUAUGAUACAUUUCACCCUGACCUCAAGCUGAAUCAGGAUCUUUUUUGCCUUGCUGAUUUUGGUUCAAGAAAUAAAGAGUCAAAAAGUGGUUUGUGCUUUUAAU